GAAAUAAUUGUUGCUGUGCAGGCACCUAUGCACACAUGCUCGGUUGGGUUGGGCCCAGAGGCCAGAACCCACCCCGGCCAGGUUGACCUGGACGUGCACCUGCACUACCCAGCAGCUUCUCCCCUACGGCCCCACGUGACUGGCCGUGACUUGUCCGCUCGUGCACUAGCCACGAUGCAUCUGUAUGCAAGACGUAACCCACACGCUGAGGCCAUCAGCUCUUCGUAAUUUUCCAUGACAUCCACCCACAGAUGGAGCGGUGACCGCGGCAAAGAGUUGCCCAUGUACCGCCUCGGCUACCAGCCGGGCUGCUGGCCUCUGCGGCUGCGCCUGACGCCGCCCGCCGUGUACCGCCUGGCGCGCCUUCGAGUUCCUGUUCGAGGACGCCCAUUGGGGAGGGGCCCCGGGAGCUGCAGGGGCGCGAGACGCCCCAUAUGUGUGACCGCCGUCAACUUCAGCCACAAGGCUCUGUGCGCGGCGGUGUUCGGCGGCUUUGGGCUCCUGGAGCGCAGUGUGCCGCAGCUGGGCUUCAUUCCUCAUGGCGCUGCAGGUGCGUCCAUGUGCGUGCAUGUUGCCAUGCCGCCAGUGUACUUGGCGGCGGUGCGCCCUUUCCGCGAGGCGCUGCUGCAGGCGGUGGAGCUGACCUGCCAUGCGCUGGAGGCCGGCCUGUUCGCGUGCGCGCUGGCGCUAGUCAACGCACGGCGCGGCCCACCAAGUCAUGGUUGCCUGUUUCUUCAUGUGGCGCUGAUGGUGAUCGUGUAUGAGCUGCGGCGCCUGGCGCUGCUGGUGAUGGCGCUGUGGCGCAUGUGGCGCGAGCGCGGCACACAGGGGCCGUAAGCCUAUGUGACAAGGCUGUGAUACACAGCAGGGACAUAGGACAGCAAAUGGGGCGACGCAAAGCCCGUAUGAUGUACCGGUAUACACGUCCCUCUGUGCACCUCCCUCUCACCCUGCAUCACCGCCGCCGUCGAUCGCUUGGUAAACCCGUCACGAGCCCCGGGGCGUGCGACCGGGCGCAGGCCGGCUGCCGGCGUCAUAGUACGGGAAACAUAUGUGACACGUCAGCUGCUA